AUGUACGUGGGCUAUCUUUUGGAUAAGGACAACAACAUGUACCCCAACCCUGUUAGGGUUAACCCUGGACUCAACCUUAACCCCCAGAAUUAUGUCCCUGCUCCCCCUCAGUACUCAGACUUUGCCACCUAUCACCACGUCCCAGGGAUUAACAGUGACCCUCACCAUGGCCAGCCUGGGAGCAGCUGGGGGUCUCCUUAUGUGCCAAGCAGAGAGGAUUGGCACUCAUAUGGCCCAGGACCUGCAACCUCUUCAAAUAACCCCACUCAGAUAGGAUUCGGCCCCACUGAUUUUAAUCCAGUUCAGCCACCAGGUUCCGGACUUAUCCCACCUGCCAUGAACAGCUCAGUGCCCCCACUCUCACCCAAUGCGCAAAGGCGCAACCCUUAUGAGUGGAUGAGGCGCAGUGGAAUACCCGCCAGCAACCCCAACAAUGGUGAGUAGAGGGGUAUGCAAAGAGAGGGGGAACUGGGGGAGGAGUUGGGGCCGGGAAAUUUAAAUGUAAUGGUGUAUUUCAAUAAAUUAAUACAUUCUGGCUGUAUGUGGGGGGCAGUCUAUUUACAGUUUUAGUUAGUAACAAUAAAUAAAAAACAAAUCAACCGUUUUAGUCAUUACUAAAAAUUGAAUAAAUAUAGAACUAUACUUAGCAAAAUUUGAGAUUUUCCAAUAUAUUAAUGUUUGACAAAUGUUGGCCUUAAGACAACACAGAUUGCUAUGUUGUCCCCCUUUUUCGAAACUUAACCUGGGGGGUUAGGAACUGAUGUAAAUAUCAUUGGCAGAUAUGUCUUCCUUAUAGGUCAGAUGUUAUGAUAGGAAGGAAUUUAAGGCAUUACAGAUAUAUCAGAUAUAGUAUGGACUAAUCCAUUUUCAGCAGUUACUGUAAUUUAGGAUAAACAUUCACAAUUGUGUUUUUUUUUUAAUUUAAAUAGGACUGGGCAGAAUUAUUUGCACAAUUUGAAGCUUAGUGAUUAAUCUUGUUUAGUAGUUUACAGGUUAUAGAAAUAGAAUGUUUAAAAAAAUUGUCACAAUUAGUAUUGCAGUAAGGGUUUUUAAUGAACAAGAUCAUGCAGAUAUUUCCAUCACUUAAAUUUCUAUAUAUUUGCUCAUUAUUUAUAAAUCACUAAUAUAUGCUGCAGUGCUGUUUAAUGUGAUUUAUUCAAAUGCUGCCUAGCCUACCAUUAAACAUGACUAAAUAUGAUGGUAAUUUAAAUGCACAAAGCUAUCAAUACCAUUAUGUAUGGUUUUACUUAUUUUGAGCUUGAUGUAAAUGUAAAUUGUAAAAAAUCUGGUGUUUACUAGGUAGGGAAUUUUGGCAAGUUGGCAGCUGCCUUGUGCAAUUUAGUAUAUAAUGUAAGUUUUAACUGUAAUAUAGGUUUUUUCAUGUAUUGCCAACUUAUUAUUAUUUUUUUUUUUAUGGCAUCAAUUAUAUAGCUUAAUAAUAUAGAGUUUGUUUGUUUUUUUAGAUAUAAUCAUUAAUAAUGGCAAAAAAUAUUUUUUAACUUUUGGAACAGUAAGUUCUGAAAACUUGAGAGCCCACUUGCUAGACAAAGAGCACAAUCAAUAGCUUAAAAAAAAAUAAAUUACAGUUCAACAGAGUUGAUGAUUUUUUUCCAACUCUGCCAGUUUUUACAAACUGAUUAUUAACAACCCAAAGUUGCUGCUUAGUGAAGACACCUGAUAGUGCUUGUAAAAUUUAAUAGGAGAUGUCUCUUACUCUUUUAUAUUGUGAGCAGCUUUUAGCGAUAAUCUGGCACUUUAUAAAAGUGCAAAGUAGUAUUUCACUGUGAUUCGAAUUAAACAUGCUUUAAAACAUAUUCCAGGACAGUAAUCGUUAAAAUGUAUAUGGUAUCUUGGAGUCUAUAUUUUUUCCAACGCGACACACAGAUUUUUCCUGUUCCUGGUUUAUAGAGCGUUUGAAACAAGAAAAUACCUGGUGUUGCUAAAUCUGUCUCCUUAGACUUUGCUCAACUUUGUUUCACAUUUUUUUUUUUAAAUCCGCUGUCUCUCCCUCUGCACCUAUCUCAUAUAAUAUAAAUAAUAUUAAUUCAGAUUUCCCAUUUAUUAAUGCACUGGGCAUGCAUUUUGUUUAACUCACACUAUUUUAGUUCAUUACUCAAUUUUCAACUAAUUUUAAUUCUAUUCGAUCUAAAGGAACUUUUUCAUUUUGGACCGGUUUACGAGAAUAAUGAAAAAUAGACAUGUUUAAUAGAUUGAUCAUUAUGUUCUUUCAGCGGUUUUAUUCGUGAGAUACUUUCAUGUUGGUUUCAAGUGCAAUUUUGUCCUUGGAUGCAUUGUUACUCUGGCACUGAAGGCCCCUCCAUUGUCUAAGUGUGGUGGUGGGACAACAAUAGUUAUUGCAAACAAAGACAAUACAAACACGUUUUAGAUAAACUGUGUGAAGGGCCAAGAAGAAAAUAUAAUCAAAUUAAAGACUUUAGGGUUAUAGUUUAGUGUUAUCAACCAAUACUUUUCCUAAACAAAGGUCUUUCACUUCUCAAUGCUAUCAUGAAAUGCUGUUGCAAAACUCGUUUAAUUCUGCUCUGAUAUAUAACAAGCAUUAUGUGAUUCAUAAGAGUUAACAAAAUUAGACUAUAACUAUUCUGGCAUGUAUAAAUAUAGACUACAAUCUUUGGAAAUAGUACAUGUUUAUUGUAAAACACACUAAUAAUACUUUUGCUUUGGAUAAGUUCAUUCAGCUGUAUAAAACUGAAUAUUUUGUGCCCCUAGAUGCAAUAUAAUUAACUAAUUUUCCUUUCUUCUUAGUAGGCUAAGAUCUGUAGGCAUUGUGUAUUCUAGAAUCAGCGUUCUCCAAACUCUGAUGCUCCAGAUAUUGCUGAACUACAACUCCCACGAUUCUUUGAAUGAAAAAGAUAGCCAGAGAAUCAUGGGAGUUGUAGUUCAGCAACAUCUGGAUGGCCAGAGUUUGGGGGACCCUAGAUCAUGGAAGGCCAAAAGAUAAAUCCCACGUAAAAAUAACAGCUCAAUGACUUGCCAGCAGUUUGGUCUUCCCUCAUCAAAGGCUGGGAUUGUUCUUCCAAUUACUCUUGGCCUCCCCCAAAAAUGUAUUAUCACCAUCUACACAAGUUAUUUUCCUUUAGACAAAUGUGCAUAGAAUGUAUUUGAAAUGUGGGUUAGAAUAGCUUGCAGUUCAAGGAUACCUAAAAUUUUAACAUGAUACAAGUUUACACGAAUUAUUAUUUUUUUAAUUUAUUCAUAAUGCACAAGAGAAAUAUUAAUGGUCUCGAACAUUUUAACAAUUGUCUGGUAUUCGUUAUAUCAGGGUCUAAAUAAAUGCUUAGAAGUAGAAAUACAGUUUUGUCUCAAGCAGUAGGUAUGAGAUAAAUAAAACAAUAAUCACAUCUUAUGGAUAUUGAUAAGAAAUUAGAUUUUCAUUUCGGGCAUGCAGCUUUCUAAAUAUGCCAUUGAAGACAUAAUGCAGAAAGUAAGUACAGUUAAGCUUAACAUAACUAUUCCUGCCUGCCAAGAAUCUGUAGUGCGUUGAGUGUGCUAAAAUCUUUCUCUGGCUACUAUAGAAUGCAUUAUUCCAUAAACUAUUUUUCAGAAAAUGAACACUGAAUAAGGUUACCUGAGCACCUGUGGCUCACACCUUCUCUAUUGCUUGUGUCGAUGCUUCCGCAUUAAUCUGAGCUGUGAUGUGCGGCAGUGAUAGUGAACCUCAGUUCAGUGUUAAAACAUUUUCGAAUAGUGAUUAGCAAUGAAUGAGAGCCCCUGACAGCCUGAACCCACUCUUUUCCGAUUGGAGUAUUACUCAUAGCAUUGAUAGGCAUCAAUGAUAGACUAAGAGCAUCAGCAGUCCAAUGUAAGCCUAUUACUUCUGCCCAACACUGGUAUGAAUUGGUACGGCAAACGCAGAGUGUAAGCCAUAUAUCCUGCAGGGAGCAGAGCCAAGGAAGCCUGGGUAUGGUCAAACAGUGUGAAAACAAUCGAAAAGUGCACUGUGGAAUGGUAUCAGGAGACUUCAGGGACCAUAUCCACUUCAAUGAGGUGAAGUGGUUAUGAUGCCUAAAGCGUCCCUUUAAAUUGUACAUCCACUUGUAUUAAUCUUCUUUUCAUUAAAAUAAAUUCAAUAACAAAUAUGUAAUAAUAAGACCAAGCAAUUGUUUCCUUAAUCAAGGGGAGGGAAAUAACAAAUUUCCAUAUUUAAACAAGCAUUUUUUAAAUUACUGAUUUAUUUACUUAGUAUCGGAACUCUGAUUUCUCUACAAAUUCUGCAGUGCUGGGUGCACUUGACUACGGGACAUAGGUGAACUUACUUUACAAAACAGAAACAAAAAAAGGACAGUAGUUUUAGGAUUACCUUUUACAAAAUGUAUAGUCUAUAGACAUAUAUUAAUUAAGUACAAAAUUAAGUCCUUUGCUCAAACUUCCACUACUCCUGGGUGGCAGUAAUAACUAUAGUACACACCAGUCUCAAUACACAUGCACACAAAGAAAAUAGUUAAUUGUGCACUAGGGAUUGAUUUAGGAUAAUGCGUAAGUAAUUAUUUUCUUAGUUUUUUAAUAUACAUUAAUAUAUCUUUGCAAAUAAGAAAUUGUUAAAAUAAAGCUAACCAUUAUUCUGACAGAUUUGCCUAAGCAAUUAUACUGUAUUUAAAUAAUAAAAACAAAAAAAAACAUAAUUGUCGAAUAAUGCAAUUCAGUUUAUCAUGCUUUUAGUAGCAUUAAAUACUUGCAUUUACAUUGAUCAGUAAAAUAGUAAGUGAAACAUAUACACAUUUUGGAUUUUGUUACACUAUUUUUGUUCGAAUAAUCUACUAAAUUGCCUUUUUGUCUGUUGAAACUGUCUAAUUUGUCAUGUGUUAGAAAAUAUUAUAAAUAAUAUAAAUAUUUUAUUAUAUUAACUAAAUUAUAACUAAUGUUUGGCAUUAACAAUUAUUUUCACUCUUCCUGGAUAAUUUGCAAAGUAUAACCUUUAUUUUGCCCUGAGUGAUUUGUUUUCCAAAUUUAGUGUUACAAGUUUGGAAUUUAAGUAAUAACUCCCUUUAAUGUAUAUUCAUUUAUUUUCAAUUAUUGAAUUAGGCAACUGACUUAAUUAAAUAAUGUUACCUGUAAUUUAAGAAGCAUGUUGCACACUAAAGAAAAAGAGGAAGACAACUAUAUCACGGUCAUAAAUAUGGUCAGAGAGGUAAUGUGGGCAUGACCCAAGUUAAUUAGAAAAAAAAGAUACAUGUAAGGUAAAGGAAUCUGCCUAUCAAAGGUAGAAACCCUCCUUACUGAAAUUACCUCCCAAGUAGAAUCAUUCAAAGGUAAUGGCAAAACAACAGAAAAAUAAUACUCGGAUAGAGUAGUGGGAGUAGACAUGCAUCUAAUUGAAUAGAGGCAUAACCCCACAAUAAAACCAAUGGCAGCCAAACCCCACUCCCAAAUCAGCCAUGCUAAUAACCCUCCGUAACAAGGAGGCUAUCCAGAGAAAUGGCUAAAGCUAUCCAACCUAAUCACCUAGGCUAUCUGCUGCUUCAUGGCAGCUAAAAGAUUCUAUGUAGCUUGCCCUGUGUGUUUAACAUAAAGAGCUGCAGCUAACACAAAUGGAUAGACAAACUAUUCUCUCCUCCAUAGAAACAUGAACUAAAAGAAUAAGUGCAUCGGCACACUAAGUAGCUCAACUCGCGUUUCGGCAGUAAAUCCUACCUUUGUCAAUAGCUCUUGACAUUUUAACUUUAGGAUGUUGUUUAAAUAAAGUUUAUUAUUAUUUUAUGUUGUUUUGCCAUUACCUUUAAAUGAUUCCGCUUAGGAGGUAAUUUCAGUAAGGAGGGGUUCUACCUUUGUUAGGCAGAUUCCUUUACCUUAUUUGUAUCUUUUUAUCAUAUUGUAGAGUACUACAUUUUUGUGAAUUUUUCCUUAUUGGCUUCUAUUUACACAUUAUUAUUAUUUAAAAGGCGCCCACAUAGUCUCAGUGUUCUUUUGACUUGAGAAUCGACCUGCAGAAGUUGCCAAGUUAGAAAGAGAUCUUCUCUUUUGUCAAAUAUUGCACAUUUCCCUUGAGCCACCAGUUUAUUGCACAGAUCCCUUUAUCAUGAUAAAGUCUGAGAAACUGAAGCUCAGUCGUGUAAAAUAAUUUGUUAUAUAUAUUAUUUUAUAUGACAUUUUCAUGUUACAUAAGUGUUUAGUUUUUUAUUUUAUUUUUUUAGUUACUGAACUAUACUACUUUAGUAUGCCAUUUUUCUCUGGUAGCAUUGUGAUGUAAGGUGAUUGUAAAAAGUUACAAUUAUGUUAGUUUGUAGAGAUUCAGUUCCAUAUAUUGAGUAUUUUAGCUGCUUUUCCCAGAUAAUGCAGAUAAAGUUGAGGAUGUCAAUUUUAUAUUUCCUACAAAAUUUGCUGAAUGAUUCUUUGCGUUGUUUACUCAUAAUUUCUAAUCUAUCUAUCAUCUAUCUGUAUGUUUGUCUGUCUGUCUUUAUGUCUGUGUCUCUCUCCAUCCAUUCACAUGGUAAAAAAACAAAGUAAAAACUGUUACAGAAAUGAUUUGGUAGCUGGUUAAAAUAACUGAUUAAUAAAGAAAUCUUGGCUGAAAAUCAUAGUAUAUAUUUUCCGUGAACAUACAUACGUGUGUGUUUGGGUUUAUAUAGGUAGUGUAUUAUCUUUCUAUAGGAAAAGUAAACACAAUCUUGUAUUUGUUUUUUAACAUUGUAAAUUAACGCGACAAAGCCACAAUUGCUUUACUCAUACUGUAGGGUAUAAACAGAUCUUAGAAAAUGCGAAAAGUAUAAGCAUACUCUGUUGACACUUUGUGCAAGCUUGAGGAACAAUUUUACAUUUGUUCUAAUUUGGAUUUGUAAUGAAUGAAAUAAAUCUGGCACUAUUGUAGAUUGUGUAAGUACACUGUAAAUAAAAGAGUAAUUCAAUCAGAAAAUACAUUUCAAAUUAUUGUGUAAUACUGUACACUGGGUGUCUCUACAGACCUGGAAAUGACUAGACCUCAUAUUGGUAUUUGGGAAUUUAUGCCAGGCAAAUGAUUCUACCUUCAAUAUAAUGUAUGAUCAACAUCGAAAAAUAUAUUUAAUCCCUUUGUGUAAAACAUCCCUGGGCUCUGACUUUCCUCCAGUGCAUAUAAUAUCACCCAGGACUGGUAUAAUUCACACAGCCUGUCCUGACUCUUCAAAUAUCAACACCUAUGAUUAAUUUCCUUGUCUACUAUAUCCAAGAGUAAGUGUUACAGACAUAUAGGUAGGGUUACCAGAUCCACAAUCUUUUCAGGAACACAUAUCACAUAUACAUAUUGAUGGGCAGCACAAGAAAAGGGUUGCCCCGUAGUAUGUAGAAUUCAGAAGAAGGUGUAUAAUAUUAAGUAAUUAGGCAAUGAAGAAUCCUGCAGAGUAUGCAUUAUACAUACUGCAGGGCAACCCUUUUCAUGUGUUUUCAUAAAUAUGACAACAUUAUUUGUGUCCCUGAAAACAUGGUGGAUAUGGUAACUUUACUUAUAGGGAAGCCAGGUAUUUGGUUUAUAGGAUAUGUAGAGUUCACAUAUUAUUAUUAUUUUUAUUACUGGUAUUUACAAAAUGCCAUUAUAUUCAGCAGUGCUCUACAUUCAGUACAGUAUAGAUAAACCAAUACAGAAGGAAUCGAAGACCCUGGCUGUGAGUUGAGAUCUAGUAUUUAGAGCCCGUCUAUACAAAUGACUAAACUAGAUGGCCUGUGAGCUUACAAUCUAAAAAUUGUUAUUGGAACUCAAGGAAAAGGGGAGCAGGGGGAGAUCUGAAGGUAAAGCAUAGGGCUCUUUAGAACACUUGCAUAGACUGCUAAGAUGAGGCUUACUAUAAAGGAAGCAAAAACUAUGAAGGGUGGGAAGUACUAAGUGAAAAUGGUGGAUAUUUCUUGGAAUGAAUUGUGGGGCCUAUAUAUGGGAUAGUUUGAGGAGUCAUUUCCUUAGAAGGGCACCCUAUCCCUUUGAACUACAACGACUAUCCCACACACAUACACUAUCCUCCUCACUACAGCCUUUAUCUCCCACCGUACAGCCCCUAUAUUGUAUACAAGUACUACAACCUUUAUCCUUCCGCACACAUACACUACAGCCCCAAUUUCCCCCACACACAAAUUACAUCCCCAAUACCUUCCUCAACAGACUACAGCCACAACUUCCUUCAGAACACACACUAUAGUCUAUGACCCCCUAAAGCCCCUAUUCCUCAAAACACACACUAAAGCCCCUGUCACAUAAACACACACUACAGCCCGUAUUUACAUGUACACACAUACAGCACCUCUAAAAGGCCAUCCACACACAACUUUACAAUAGCCUCACUUCAACACACAUAACUCUGCAAGCAGCCUUCCCUCCACAUACAUGACCUCACAAGCAGCAUUCCCACACACACACAACACCACAAGCACCAUCCUCAGAAACAUGCAACAACACAAGUAGCGUACCCUCAAAAAAGUAACACAAGAAACAGCCAAACCCACAAAUGUAACCCAAAAAACAGCCUAUCCCACAGAAACACUCCUACACACAUACCACCCCCAAACAUUUACCACUUACCAUCCAAUUACCCACCUAGUCACAUUCACCAUUCAGUCAGACCCCAAACUAGUUGCCUUCACACAUCCAAUCACAUACCUCAAACUAGUCACCCUCAACCAUUCAAUCACAUUCCAUACACCAAUUAUUUGAUAUUAAAAUGCGCAUUAUACUUAAAGAAAUCAUUUCAUACUGGCAUAUACACAACGUGUUUUACUAUAAGAGAAACUUUCAUAUUGGCAUAUACACUUUGUAUUGUAUUUAAAUGGAUAUAGUGCAUUAUACCAACCCUUAUAAAGAUAUAUUUUUAAAGUGAAUAAUGCCCUGUUGGGCAAAACACAUACACGUAGCACACAAGAGUUUUACAAAGCUUUAGGUAGUGUUACAGUACAAAAGGCAAUCAUCACUUCCUUUUCUUCUCUUUGUAUUAUAUGGCUAGAGGUUAGAAUUUAUAUGUUCAGACAAAGUAUAAAUGUAGAAACAUUUUAUAUGAUGACAUCAUACUCCCUAACAUUGGCAUGCUUUGAACCAGGAAGCCGGUAGGAGGAUUAAUAGGGGGUGGGCCAGUGAUGCAAAUUACAUCACUGCUGAUGCCAAAAGGGGACUCGUGGGUCCACCCAAAUAACUGGAAGAUCAGCAUGAAUGCAUGCCAAAAGCGGGAUAGCAGGUAACAAACACAGGACAGUGGGAGUGGAUCCUAACCUUGGGACUGUUCUGUCGCAAUCAGAAUGAUUAGGAGUCCUGUUACAUUUAGCCUCAAGGAACACUCUAGGCACUUCAUUUCAUUGAAGUGGUUAGAUUGCUUGGGGGUCCUCCGGUGCCAUACCUUCUUUCACUGUUAAGCCGUUUUAAAACAGCAUAAAACUGAAUCCCUGGCAUGGGGCUAAUGUGCUGCUUUGGCUAAUGCUAAACUUGAGCAGUAAUGGGCACCAAUGAUAGGCUGAGAGUGUUAACUGACUACUCUCAACAGCUGUCUGUUGCAUGCAUAGAUUGGUAUAAUUAAAUGGAUUCCAUAGGCACCAAAACAACGUUAUCUUAAUGAAGCAGUUUUGGUGUAUAGAUUGCGCCCCUGUAGUCUCACUGCUCAGUUUUCUGCCAUUUAGAAGUUAAAUCACUUUACCUAUACAGCCAUAGUCACACCUCCCUGCAUGUGACUUGCACAGCCAUUCUUCACUUCCUGUGAGAGAGAUCUAUAAUGUCUAAACUUCCUUUAUUUCACGCAGGCUGUGUGAGUCACAGCCAAGAGAGGUGUAGCUAAAUACAAGCAAAAAUCCACCUAGGUGCUUACCCACGGUAAUAUAAAAAAGUAAAAAAUAAAUUGGCAGCACUUCAAACCGUGGAAAAAUCUGAAAACAUGCCCCAAAAAAUCAGCUUUUGGCAUUUGGAAAAAAUGAUCUUCUAGGGAGUGCUUGUGGCAAGACAAAUGGAUCAUGCUAUCUCUAGAAGUGCUUGUGGCAAGACAAAUGGAUCAUGCUAUCAAUUACUAGAAGGUGGCAAUUCUGUGCGUCCAUUUGUCUGGUUACAAUUACGUGUCUGUUAGUCCACCCAUUGUACAGGGCUACAGAAUUUGCUGGCGCUAUAUACAUACUAAAAUAAUAUAUAAUAUUGUAAAGCGAUGUGGAAUAAGUUGGCACUAUAUAAAUGCCAAUAAUAAUAAUAAUAAUAUAUGUGAACAUUUACAUGUAAUAUUGCGCUGAGAUCUCUCGCAGCUGCUGUUAUGUUCUGCCCUUGAUGAGAUCAACAUUGAUGAUCAGUCCAUUUCAAUGAGUAAUACUGAGUACUUGAUUGUGAUUUAAGACACGCAGGGUAAAAGGUAUUUCAUUGUGAAGAAGCAGACAGUAACUUCACAUUAAAAACCUAAAAAUGCAUGUUUUGCAGAGCGCAGUUCAAAGGAUCCUGGGAAAGCACUGCUUAACAUAAACCAGGUUAUUCACUAAAGUGUGAAUUGGCAAGAUUUUAAAUUUGUGGCCACAAUAUCCAAACUAGGAAUAUUCAACCAGUCACCUAUGGCUUCCAAUUUUCUACAAUUUACAAAGUAAGGAAUAUGAAUUUUCCACUCCAAUAUUAUUAUUGUUAUAUUUGUAAUACCACUUUAUAUUUUAUCUGUAAAGUGAACAAACCACAAUGAGAAAAGUAAUGUAGAGCUAUGUUUAUUGUGGGUUUUAACAUAAUUUAUUUAUAAAAAGGCCAUUUUCUCAAAUAAUGCCUGUGGAUGGACUAAAUUAUUUUUUAUGUUUUUACAGUCUAUGCAGAGUAAGAUUUCUGUAAUUUGCUACCAAGUUUGUAGAUUGCCUUAAGUUUGACUUUGAAGAAAUCAUAAUGCUACAAAUUCCUUUUUGUGAUGUAAAUGAGAUGCAGAGACAUCUCCCAAAUGCCCCUUCUGAGGAAGUAGGAGGAGAUAGACAAGGACCCUGAUACGUGUAAUUGCUCUCAAGCUUUGUUCUGUCUUGUUCUGGGGCGGAGUGACAGAGAAUGGAAAGCCUUUGAUCUUUAGGGUUUCCAUUCUUACAUUUUAAAUUCAGAAGGUUUCUAUUACCCAGAAAAAUUACAUGAGAAAGUAGCAUGGAACUUAUACUGACAAUACUGCUGAUAUUGAGCAAGUGUUAACCAAAUCCAGUUUAUUCACAAUACAAUAAUAAUAUAACAAUCUCAAACAGACAUUCACCAAAGUGAGAAAUGCAAGGAUUUAAUGUGAAUUCAAAGUGGUCUGGAAAAAUUCUCCAAGUUAUCUAUAAUUCCAGUUUGGCUACUUUGGCCUUAAAUUUGAAAUUCACAUUGCAUUCCCAACAAUUCUCCCUGUACAGGGUUACUUAGAAAGUGAAUUGAAAGCAUGAGUAUAAUACUUUUUUGUGACUAUUUUGACGUUAAAUUUAAAAUUCAUUUUGAAUUCACCCUGAAUUCUCAUUUUAGUGAAUAACACUGUAUAAAAAUGGAAUUGCUGGAAAAUUAAUUUCAAGCUGAUUUGGAGAAUUAUUUUCUACUUUGCUAUUGUGGCCUAAAUUUGAAAUUCACAUUGAAUUGGAUUUUCCUGAAUUUACCACCACUUUCAGAUUGACAGGUUUUCCAUGAUGGGUAAGCAACUUUCAUGUUCUCUCUUUUAGCUUUAAUGUAUAAAAAAUCCUUCAGUUUGUGAAUGUACAAAAGAUGGAUUAUUUAUAUAAAAUAAUAUGCACCAAUAAAGGGAGCAGUAACAGUUCUAUACAUGAAAAGGUGUAAUGUGCACAAAACCAAUAAAUGUGAAAGUGACCGCAACACUUCUCAUACAUAGCGACCAUAGUGUCAGGAGUGUCAGUUUUUCCUAUCCCUUUUUUGCUAAGUCAUUCUACCAAAAUGGUUCCCACUUUCAGGCUCACUCUGCUGAUUAUAUCUUUGGCAGUAAGCAUUGAAAUAUUCACCUGAUGGUAUUGUUUCUUUUGUGUGACUUUUCUUCAUGACUUUUGGUCAAGGUGGUCUAGGAAGAGGCAGGUGCCUGACGGUAGCCAGCUGCCACUUCUGCUCACGUAAUGUGCUCCUUAAAUGCACUCCGGCCUGUAAAGGAUCGUAGAUGUGAAGGAACAUCUUUUUCCAUUGUCUAUGUUCCCAUCUGGUGUUUCUGCAAAUUGAGACAUCAGAGACAUUACCUGGGAUAAUGACACAUAGUUCCAAGCCUUAACUGUCUUUUGUGGACAGUUAGCAUUCUGUUGCAUCAAUAGGUCACUGGUUUCUGUGCUUAGACAGGCAGCAUUUUAAUUCAUGGAGGUUCUGCCCAGCUUCCAGCUAUCUGUGCUCCAAGGGAGAAUGGAAGAAUGGACUUCUACUAUAGAAAAAGAGUUAGUGGAUCGGCCUUGUAGCGGUGUUGCACAUUUCUGUGUGCCACAGUCUUAUGAAGACUUGAAAUCAAGUAACCAGUAUAUUUAUGGGCAUUUGGUGUGAACUGUUAAAAUGUCACUUUUACGAAAAAAAAGUUUUGUUCAAUUUAACUUUCAAUACAAUAACUAGUUUUUAGCAUAAUGUUUUAAAAAAUCAUAUUUUAUGCUAGAUUAUAACAUUGAUUGUUGCUUAAAUUCAUAAUAGCUUCUCUUUAAAUAUGCCUUUUAGGUUAAAAAAUAAAAGCCAUUGUCAUCUUAUUUGUAUAUCUUGGUGGUAACACUGUGUAAUCAACAGCAUCUCUUUGAUGAUACUUUUUGUCUAUGAGCUGGCCAGCCCAGUACCAUUGACUCAUUGUCAUCUGUUAAAGCCCCUCGCAGAACGAGAGUCAUAAAUCAGGUUUUGCUCUCAGUUUUAUUAGGGAGAAAAGAGAUAAUGACAUUUAACCACAAGUAUUUUUUUAAAAAAACAAAAAAGAAAACAGCUAACACUUUUCAGUUUAAUGUAACUUAACAUUGUUAUUGUUCUAAAACUGAUAUUAAAGUCAAGCAUACUGUAUCUAGUAUUACGUGGCGUAACACAAAUUCAUUAUAUUAUCAAUAUAAGAUCUGAUGACCUCAUGUCCCUUUGAAGGCGGAACUGUUUAAGAAAAUCUAUAAUAUAAUAAAUGCUAUACCGUUAGGCUAUAACUUUGUAAGCACUCUCUAGCUAUUUACAUUAAGUCAUAGGGCUCAAAUUAUAUAGCAUGUUGAUAUAACACCAAAUAAAAUAUGCAUAUAAUUAAUUUUGCAACAGGAACAUGAAAACUCUGAGAAUGGGAAAUUCAGUUGCUUGCCCUUCGGUUAGUCCCUGUUCGGGUUCUCAAAAAUGUUUUUGCUCAGUAAUGCCUUUGCAAAGAUAACCUAUACCAUUUGCAUAUCAGACUGAUCCGAACCAUAUGGGCAGUCCAGAACUGAAAUGCCAGCAAAUUCUCUCUGCAUGAGAGGUACAGCAACCUCAGACGAUCAUUUCAACCUUCUUUGGGCAUUGUCAGCGAUGUGUAGUAGAGACCCCUUUAGGCAUGAUGGCAGGCCCGUCGCAACAAGGCAAGCAAACCAAGCAAUUGCUUGGGGCCCCGAGCUGGCCUUGGGGCCCCAAGACAACGGCCAGGAACAUAUUAGCCGCGAGGCAAACAAGGCACUUUCCAGGGGGCGGCAAAAAAAGCCACCCCCAGAUGCCCAGGGCAAAUGUCUUGUUAGCCUAACAAUCCGUUCGGUCGGGCUGCACUGGCGAGGGAGCACUUUCCCCUGAGUGCUCUGCUCAGCUUCCUCGAUCGCCGCAGAGUGAUGCCGGGAGCCGGAAUAUGAUGUCAUAUUCCGACUCCCGGCAUCACUCUGCUGCGCGCAAGGUAGCUGAGCAGAGCGCUCAGGGGAAAGCGCUCCCUCGCCAGCGCUGCCCGACCGACCGCCCAGAAGCCCCACUAGAACCCCCCAGCAUUCCCAAAGGUAAGGAGGCUGGAGUUAAAAAAAAAAAAAAAGAAGUGAGUGUGUUAAUGGGAGUGAGUGUGUCUCUGUUAGUGUGUGUCUGUUAGUGUGUGUGUCUGUUAGCGAGUGAGUGUGUGUCUGUUAGUGUGUGUCUGUCUGUUAGUGAGUGUUUGUGUCUGUUAGUGUGUGUGUGUCUGUUAGUGAGUGAGUGUGUGUCUGUUAAUGUGGGUGUGUUUGUCUGUUAGUGUGUGUGUGUGUGUGUGUUUUAAGUAUGUUGGAUUUAGUUAUUGUGCACUUUUUUAUUUUAUAUUUAAUUUUAUGAUACAGUGGUGUUUUUUGCAAAUGUUCAAUUGUUGAAAAUGUUAAAAUGUUAUGCACAUUAUAUGCAACAGCAGUAUUUGCACUGUAAACCUUUUUUAUUUAUAUAAAGUGUGGGUGAACUUAAACUGUAUGUCUAUGCUGUGUUUCCUGUAGGCUUUGCGUGCGUGUGGGGGUGGGACCUCCAUGUCCAUUUUGCUUGGGGCCCCCAAAUUCCUUCAAACGGCCCUGCAUAAUGGGUAUGUAGCCCCACAUCUGGAUUACCCUUUUAGAUUAGGAAGAGCCCAAGAAAAUGCAUUGGAACAAAAACAGAAAAUGAAAACUCUGAAAAGUGGCAAACGUUUAGAGAAACUCAGUAUCUUGCCCUUCGUCCAGAGCUUGCUGUAUCUCUUGUGCAGUGAGAGCUUUCCAGCAUUUCAGUUCUGGACUUUCCUCAUGGGUGGGAUGUAAAUUGCAUAGGUCCUGUUUGUAAUGGCACAAGUGACCUGAGCUGUGACUAACCGAAGGACAAGCCACUGAGUUUACCUUACGGGGCACAAACUCUUCACACAGCUCAAGAUAAUAAUGCACACUGGUAAACAAAUUGACUUGGAAAUUCCUCAUGAAUUUACCCAUGAUACAUGUCUUUUAAUGGACAGUGAAGUAAUUUGAAUAAAGUUACCUAUAUAAAAUAAACCAAUAAAUAUAUUUGUAUAAGCCACUGUGCAACAGUCUGUAGAAUUUUAGAGACGCACAAAUCGUACAAACCUCUAUUACAACCGCUAUAUUGCCCCUGUCUUUACUUAUAUUUAUCCCCCACCCAGUUAACACUAAAAAUUAGUAACAUAAAGUUUUUCCAAUGCCGAGACUCAUUGCAUUGCAGCCCGAUCUCUUCUCCUGCCACAUUAUCGAGUAGGUGUUGCUUCCUUGUCACUGGUCCAAUCCUACCAUGACGAGUGCAGCAUGCAUCCAAUCAAAUGCUUCUCAUAGGAAAGUAUUGAAUUCAGUGCUCUCCUGUGAGCUGCAUUUGAUGAAGUUUGAUAUCCUCCUUGACAUAGAAUGUCACGUAAUGUUUUACUUGGAUUUUACAGGAGGAUAUGCCUCUAGUAGCUGUCAGUAUGAUAAAUAAUAAUUUAUCCAAAACAUGGGAGAUAUAGGAAGAAUAUAUUUAUUGCAGCUUGUUGCUUGUGGGCAAGGAAAUGAUGUAUCUUUAGUAUUAGUAAUAUCAAUAAUUUUGACUCCUGCCUUUACAGACUCCCAAAAGGUUUUCUGACACAUAUAAUGUGUCAUAUCUAAGGGACACUUCAAGCUGGUAUUUUGGUUUUGGUAAAUGCCUUGACAUGUGAUUAAAACAUACCCCCAUCUUAACCUUCCUGGGUGAUGCUGUGUACAUACACUUUUCAAGAGUUAGACAGAGUACCUGUAAUAUUUGACAUAUGCUUGUUUCUCCACAAGAUGAAAACCAAUAUCAAACACCAAACACUGUUAUGAAAAACAAGACAAAGAAAGGUUUCACCAAAACAGACUAUAGUACAGCUGAUGGUAAAAAAAAGUCCAAAAUAUGGAGAGAUACCAAAACAAAGUCCUUAUUUAUGCCAGAUGGACAGCCAACAGCCUGUAUGGGGGAAUAUUCUUUGUGUGGACCAAAUGGAGAUGGCUUCUUUGGAUCCGUAUGUGGAGAGAGGAGAAAAUAAUGGUGCAAUACCUCUAGUACAGAAGGUGAAUAUCAGGAAAGUAGGGUCUUGAACUAGCUCUAGUAUCUAUGGCAUACAGCGGUACAAUCCCUACUUAUAAGAUUGUAUAAUCUUUUAAUCCGUAUGUGGAGAAAAGAGAAAAAUGAUGGUGCAAUACGUCUACUACAGAUGGAUAAAUAAUUGGACAACAGGGUCUACUGUAGUCCUACUCACGUGUAGUAGAGCUUGAACUAGCUCUAGUAUGAAUGGCAUACAGCGGUACAAUCCCCACUUAUAGGAUACGUGGAGAGUGGUAAGUAUCGUAUCGAUAUGUAGAACAUAGAGAGGGUUAGAAAGAAGAGAGACAACUAAUAGUGCUCGCUGUAAAAAUAUAUCUUAGGAGUAUAAGUAAUAAAAUGUGUACUCACAUAUGAUUAAGCAACUCAAUGACUCAGACGUGAGUGGUAUAAUCCCCACCUAGGAUUUCUUUGGAGUAAUGCUCAACAGGAAAAAAUAAAAUCAGGAUACCAAGCAGAGUAAGAAUAAAAAGUAAAAAGAAAAUAUAUAAAAAAGUAAAAUGGCACAAUCAAAGUGUGUUAAAAGUAGCCAAAAUACCUUUAUUGGAAUACAGAAUAAAAUUGUAAAAUAUCCACAACGCGUUUCACCUAGAGGGCUUUCUCAAGUGGAUAUUUUACAAUUUUAUGCUGUAUUCCAAAAAAGGUAUAUUGGCUACUUUUAACAUACAGGCUGUUGGCUGUCCAUCUAGCAUAAUUAAGGACUUUGUUUUGGUAUCUCUAGUUUUUAAGGUUUUUCUUAAGCUUUACCACCAUUUUUUUGGACUUUGUUUACCAUCAUCUGUACUAUAGUCUGUUUUGGCGCAACCUUUCUUUGUCUUGUCUUUUGUACUAAACUUGUUAAUAGGGCUUGUUAAUAUCUUUAGGUUUGCUGCCUCCUAUUCUCUUCAUUUAUAGUAUCGGUUUAUUUUAGCGCUGUUUCGUUUGUUUUUGUAUUCUUAUACCAAACAUUUUUAUGUUUUGUAUUGAUCAACAGUGCAGAAGUAAACUCACUGCAUAUAAACACAAGGUUUUCAGAAAAGGGUUUGAAGAUAUACCAUGUGUCCACACAUUAAGCAAACUCAAAAGGACAGUGUAAGCACUAAAAUAAAUUUAUCUUAGUGAAGUGAUUUUAGCGCAUCGAUCCUGCCCUUGCAGGUUUAUGAUUGAAAACAGUGCUUGAAAAAUUGAGUUUUCCUGUUUCAUUCCCAAUGCCUGCAGAGGCGACCAAUCACUCAGUCAAACUAGGAGCUUUCUAUAAACUGGAAAUUUUCUUCCAGUUUGGCUAAUUUGGCCUUUAAUUUAGACUUCUCUUUGAAUUCCCAAGAAUUCCCACUAUAGUGAAUAACCCUGCAUGUCUGGUGUCAGCAUGCAAAGUGUGGCGAUGCCAGAUACUGCCUGUGUCAAAAAUGCUUCUUAUAAUGAAGCCUUGUAUUUGGUGAAUUGUGGUGAUAGCCAAGCAUUCUCUCAUGUCUCACAAAUGUUUUUCUCUGGGAAGUAUUUGAUUGGACAAGUAUCAUCAAGUUUGAUUAUAUUAGCAAGGGCUCCUUAAGCUUAGAAGCUUAGAGGGCUGUUUUGGCGCAGGAUAACAGGUACCAUAUUUUUCUGUGUAUAAGACACCCCCAUGUAUAAGACGACUAUUUUUUCCCCUAUUUUUUGAUCCCCAAAUUAAGAAAUUAAUAUUUUAAACAUCAAAUAGAACAAUUUUGAUAUUUUAGAGGUGAAUUCUUUUUUUUUUUUUUUUUUACAUUCUUUAUUUUAGUAGUGCAGUAAACACUUGAGAAUACACAGAUCAACUGAGAAGAGUUAGAUAAUAAUGAAAUGUUGAGGGUACUGCACUUUUUAUAAUAAAAGUAUAUAAAAGAGAUUGCAUGAGCAAAGUUCUAUGAGUAAUAGCAGAGACAGAUUAAGAUAUGUUAUAGAAAACCAUAGAGACAAUAACCACUGGGUGAGCAGAAUGGAUUGUUGCAUGUAGACAAUGAGAGCACUGUUAUAAUAGAGGAGCAUAGUUUAGACAUAAGAAAUAUUGUGCACUGCAUUAGCAAUAUUAAAAUGACCAAGCUACAGGUGAGCAUCAUGGGGCAUCUUACUGAUGCCUACAGCAGGAGAGCUUCGGCUGUCUUCAUUGCCAGAUACCCACGUGGGGCCCCUCAACUGAGCCCAAGUCUCCUGAAGGUCUGAUGCUUUCCUAGGAUGGUGUUCUCGUUCGUGGCAGGUGUGCACGUCUGCAGGCUCAUGAUUUUGUACCUCCCGUAAUGCAAUUUGGAGGCGUCAUGUAUUCGGCUUGGCUGUCCAUGUGAGUGUCGGAUCUGCAUGUUGGACUGACAAAUUCAAGUUGCUCGUCACGGCAGUUUCUUGCGCCUUCUCCUCCCCGGGUAAUCACCUAACACAUGUGGGGGAAGCCCACACUGGAGGUAUCGCUCAGCCGGUCGGCACUGGAAUGCUGUAGUUUGUCAUGCGGAAACAGAGGUAGGCACUUUGUCACUGAGCUUCGCCCAGGCGGCUUCACAGAGGUGAUCAAAAGUCUGCAUGUGGAAGUCUGCCGGGAGGUGCCCACGUCGGCAGGUAUUGCCGUGGAGGCCAUCUUGUUUGUUGGGCCUUAACUCUCCAGUUCGCCAGCAGGCUGAAAUGCUUGGCUGGGUGACCACUCCAAGACACCAGUGGGGACCGGGAUAUCAUUCACCAGUCCAAAGGGGGGGGGGGGGCGGAACAGGGCACAAGGCUUAGAAACUCCUAAUCAAGGUGGAAGAUCAGCCGCCGCCCCGUCCCUCAAGUGGGCGCAGGCUGCAUGUUUAGACAGCACAAGCUGUGUCCGCUGGGUGCUAGCCAAGGAAUGCCAGAGUAUCGGUAGUGUGUUCUCAGGGCUUAGUGACAAGCUUUUAGCCAACAAGCAGGGUUUAGUGCCCAAUUGAGGCUUGCUAAUAGGAUUUCCCUGAAGAGCACUCGACCCAUGCAUCUGUCCUGGUUGGCUGUAAGGCCCUGCCCCCCUUAGAGCUGACUUCUGAGGAGAACAACACACUUCUGAUUCUCUUAGCCUUAUACAUGGCGAAAUACAGUAAGUUCAAAUGCAAGUUUAAACUUUUUUUUUUUUUUUUUAAAGAAGUUUCCUUAAAUCUAAAGAGAUGAAGAGCACAAUGGAUAUUUAAAAAAAAAAAAAGUUUUUUUUUUGUUUUUUUUAUAAUACGGUGUUCCUUUAAAACAAUCUCAUGUUCUUGUUUUAUAGUAGGCUAAAUGAUGCAAUGUUUAUAAAGCAUUGACAUAUCUUAACUCUGUACAAUACAUACAAUUAGAAAUUGUUGAUAAAGUUGCGCUGCAGGUUUAGAAACUGGUUAAAAGGUGAUGGAAAUCCUUUUUAUUCAAAUUUUAUCAAUAUCAAUAAAAAUAAACCCUUAAAACAGGGGCCCACCAACCAUGCUUUAGAAAAGUUGGUUUAACCAGUGUCUUAGUCAUUGUCAUUCAGGCAAUGGAUAACCUCAUAUCUCCAAGUUUUAGUUUACUGGAAUAUUGUUUAUAAGGAUUAUAGGGCAGUGAAAUAAUGCAUCUAUGAGGAGAAUGCCUUGUAAAGUGAACCUGGAAUGAUUGAAAUGACUUAGUGGCACUUUAAAACUAAUACCAUUCCAUAUUUACAUUGUGCUAGACUAAUUGGUAGCUAAUAUAUAGGUGAAAUUUAUUUAAUAUAUUUAAUAUGGUUUAUCUCAGGAUUUACUGCAAUGCCAUCAGCAAAUGCAAACUACAAGAGGUCCAGACCAGCAGCACUUACGGCACCCUCACAGUAAGAAUUAUGGGAUGAUGAUCACCAUAUUUUGGAGAAGGGUGGCUUCGCUCUACUCUUGGGCGCGCACACACGCACUCACACAAACACACACAAAAAACAUAGGGGCACAUGUGCUCAUAUAUGCUCAUAUACACAUAUACAGCCAUCUUCAAAGGUGUUGAGGUGAUCUUCAGCUAAGUUUAUAUUUUAUUAUAUGUACAUCUGCUGGAUGUACUAAAUACAGCUUUUACCUACCUGAAGCUAACCUUGGCAUCUACCUGCUUGUGGAUGAUAGAGACCCUAGCAGCAGCAGGAAGGGAAAACAAGUAAAAUAAGUAGUAUGUAUACAGAAUAAUCUGAUAUAGACUGUAAGCUCUUCAACCUAUCGUUCCUGUAAGUUUUCUUGUAAUUGUCCUAUUUAUAGUUAAAACACCCUCUCAUAAUAUUGUAAAGCUCUGCUAUAAAUAGCAAUAAUAAUAAUAAUAGUUAAAGUGUUGGAGCUCUAUAAUGCAGUGGUAGUUGGAAGAGGCGUCCUAAAUGCCAGCUUGGUAGUAUGCAAAUAUUUCUUGGUGGUUCUAAUAUAUAUAUUUCUACAGUUUCUUUUAAAGCUGAAAGACCAAGAUCUAUAUGCAUUGUGUGCUCUAUGUCUCUUUUUUUCUCUCAUGCAGCCCACAGAUGUGCAUCCGGAAAUAACCAUAUGCUGACCAAAUUUCCCCCCCCCCAAACGUCAUGUUUUUCUGCUUUUGGGCAUCUCAAAUAUCAUGGAGCCGUUUCAUUAGCUGUAUUCUUUAUCUGCUCAUAGUAAAUGUUUUGUUCGUUUGUGCUCAUUGUUAAAGUAUUGGGGUAGGUGGCAUGUAGAAGUGUAUAUUUUUAAAUGCAAGAAAAUUGCUAUUCCAUUGUGGUGAUCUUAGCCGCCAACCCUGAGUGUGCAACACUGCUUUUGCACACACCCUUUCCCUUUAUCCAUGUUACCUGCAUAUCUUACCUUCUUUUUCCCCAACUCCUUCUCACCAGGACCAAGACAGCCAUUCAUACAGAGAGGAGCAGGUGUCGCAGGCAGGCUGAGCCAAGACAGAGAACAAGGAACAGACAUCCCAGGCAAGCUUUGGAGGGGGCUUUAAUUCAAUGAAUGAAUUCAACAAUGAGAGCGCAGCUGGCAGUUGACAAAUGUACACAUUUUGGGGAUCAUAUACUAUAUAAUGAAUUCUAACCAUUGACUUUGGUAACUAAAAGUUUGGUAACCUUGAUUAUAUUUGUUUUGAAGUAGGCUAUAUGAAACCUAGGCACUUGAACUAAUCUCAGUAUGAGAACUACCGUAACCAGGGAAUUUUCCAGAGUCAAUGCUGAUGCAACUUUGUGUUGUAGGCUCCAGCUGUUAAGCUCCUGUGUUUAUAGGUUGGUGGCUGUGGACACACAGACAGUAUUGAUCUGUUGUGUUGUGAAAUAUCCUUUCCUUUGAGCCUUGGGCAGUUGACACGUAACCAGUGGAGGUUCGUUCGUAGGGGUACUUAGGGCAGCGCCCCACCAAAUAAUUGUUGUCAAAAUAGUAAAAAAAUAAAUCUAUUGCCAGUUGUAAAAUAAUGAAUUACUUUGUUUCCUUUUGGCAAAAUGCUAACUUGCAAAUUUCCAUUAUAAAUGGUAAACAUACACCAUACAGUACUGCAAUGCUAUAAUUUCCCCUCCCCUUCUUCUACUACAGUGAUGACUGAUUAACUGAUAAUGAAUGUUGGCUGUCUGGAUAAGCUGUUGAGGGCAACUGGACAUAUAUAGAAUUUAGGUAAUUCUUGCAAUCUGUUCAAUCUGAGAGUACCUCAGACAUGCUCAAUAUGACCCUAGAGGUGAGUUUUGAAGUGCCCCAUUUAACCCCAAGCAGGGGGCAUCUGAAUUGGACACACAGUAUAUGAUAGCUCAAAAGUCUUAAAAUCUCAAGGGAAACCAUUCUUUAUGAGAUACCCUAAGCCUAGAGCUGUAGGGGAAAGAGCUUGUAAUGUCAAUGUGCAAUCCCUACCUUGGUAGUUUUUUUUUUUUCUCAUUCUGUUCACAUCAGAUGUAGGGAUUGUGAUUUUAAUCCCUGCACUGUGAUUUGUACUGCUCGUGUUUCCACUCAUGUCAUGCAGGUAUCAAAUGUAAUCAAUAAUAAUAUAUUUAAUAAAUGUCCUUAUUGAAAAUUGGACAAACUACAUUAAUUUCACUUACUGAGUUUCUGCAGAGUGAACAUGCAAAAUUGAAUAUGUUUACUACGUGAUGUGUUGAUCCAUGUAAAAUAUUGUAUUCACUACCUGUAAUAUCUGAAUCAAUAUUUGUUUUUAUCUGAUUUAGCCAAAAGUAAUAAUAAAAUUUAAAAAAGCAUACGCAACAGGAAUCAAACCCAGAUUCAUAAGCACAAAACAAGGAAACCUUAUCAACUAGGCCAGGGGUCAGCAACCUAUGGCACUCAAGGUUGUUUGGCUCUGGUCUACCAGGAGUCCAAGUGGAAGUUCAGUAAAAUCCGAGCGGUGAUUGCAGGUGGUGAGGGAUAAUACUCUAUUUACGCAUUGCAACAGAUCUUAGAUCACUUCCUCUAAGUAUAGCCUGCAGCAGCUAUUGCAUCUAUUCCCGUUGACCUGUACUUGGCCAGCCCGGUACCCACUGGACCCCAGUGAAGUCAACCACACUGCUAGAUAGACACAGAGCUGCUGAAAAGGCCUUCUUUUCAUACAAAUAAUACGAACAGUCCACACACAAACAGACACACAAUCCCCACAAACACAACACCACUGGCAAUACACAUACAUGCAUACAACUCCACAAGCAAAUUCUCACCUGCCAUACACAAGCAGCACAGCAUCACAAGCAGCCCCACACAUAACACACACCACCAAAUACAGAAUGUCAUACAGAGACACAAUUCCACAAGCAGCCCUCAUACACAGCAUACGUUCAUAGGUAUCAUGCAUAAUACCACAAACUACUCAUGAACAUAUACAAUAUAUACACACAAAUACAAUGCUACAAAGCAACCGCAACACUUAGAAAUAACACAAGCACAAUAUGGCAACAUACACACCUCAAUUUAAAGAAAAAAAAACAGGACUGGCACGCCAAAGGACUUCUUGAUCUUGUUUUGGUACAGUAAAACAAAAAGGUUGCCUACCCCUGAACUAGGCUAUUUAGGAAGAAAUAAGUUAGCAGAGCUUAGUUUUAAUACUAGCAAUGUGUGUCUGCUGUUAUGUGUCAUCCAACAGGAACACUGUGUGCCUUCCAGAAAUGUCUCCCUCCUUUCAGCUUUGUGUGUGUCUGAUAAAAAUAUAUUCCUCAAACCCCAGCAUUGUGUGCUGGUAGAACUAUUCCCCCAGACCCACCACACUGUGUAUGUCUGUUGAAGCAUGCUGCCAGACUAUCCCAUGUUUCCAGGUACAGUACUAUUAUUGGAUUGCUCUGUAUCCUCAAGUUUUCUUUUAUAUAUUUGAUCCUUUUUCUGUGAUGAUAAUUGUAAUAUUUUCAUAUUUUAGCAUAUUUUAUUGUAUCAGAGCAGAAAUAGUGCAAAUCACUAGCCUAAGCAAUUGCAUGCACAUUAAGCAAUACAUAAUUAUAUGUGAAGUGUACCUCCUUUUAGGAGGAAUGUGUGUCCAAUAAGGUGCUAAAGUCAGAAAUAAAUGUAAAUUACAGCAUCUCAUACAUAAUUAUAUGUUUUAUCUAUUUUAGUGUUACACAAAAUUGUGUGCAGGUCAUAGCUCCUACACUCAAAGGGUUAAACUAAUAAAGGUUUUUUUUUUUUACAGCAAGUUUGACAUUCACUGUGUCCGAUAUUUCAGGAGGUGGGGUUUCCAUAGAGAGGAGGUGGAUUUAGAUUAGGUAGGUGAAGCCCCACCAUCCUUAAACGUUGUCCAGCUGGUGACCAUUACCAUAAUCUGCUCAACAGAAUAUGAUUAAAAUAGCCAGGAAAGUUAAUUAAGUAUUAAUGACUAAAAAAUAAUUAAGCAGUCAUGAACAUAUCUUAACUAAUGACAUCAUUUUUCCCCAAAUCGUUAAUACUUAAUUAAUCAAUUGACAGGUCAAUUUUAUAUUGAGGCAUUUAGUUAAACUGCAUACAUGUGUGACAUUUACAGACAGCGAUUUCUGAAUGAUAAACAAGACAGGCAUGACAUAACAUGAAUUGAGCCACAAUUAUACAAUUUAGUACUAUGUAGCAUGUCGCACAGCGAAAAAAAGCAUAGCCACAUAGAGGUGACCUUGUCAGACACUGAUGCGUAAAUGAUAGGUAUAACGAGUCUGACUUAUCUUGAAUUAAGCUACGAUUAUGCAAUGAAUAGAGUAUUAUCUAGCAUGUCACACAAUGAACUUGUAGGCCUCAUUUUAAUUUAAAAGGAAACUCCAGUGCCAGGAAAACAAUCCGUUUUCCUGGCACUGCAGAUCCCCUUUUCCUCCAACCCCCCAAUCACCGGUUGAUGAAGGGGUGAAAACGCAUUAGCGCUCCCGAUAGGAAAGCAUUGAAAAUGCAUUUAAAUGCUUUCCUAUGGGGAAAUGAGCGACGCUGGAGGUCCUCACACAGUGUGAGGAUGUCCAGCGACGCUCUAGCACAGGUUUCCUGUGCUAGAAACCAGGAAGUGCCUAGUAGACAGCCACUAGAGGUGGAGUUAACCCUGCAAUGUAAUUAUUGCAGUUUAUAAAAAACUGCAAUAAUUUCAGUUGCAGGGCUAAGAGUAGUGAGAGUUGGCACCCAGACCACUCCAAUGGGCAGAAGUGGUCUGGGUACCUGGAGUGUCCCUUUAAAGUAAAGAAAUUAAACUAGCAAGGAAUCAACGGCCAAAAAUGGUAAAUCAGGAUGUGAAAAGACAAAAUAAUGAAUAAUGUUUAGCCAUAUCUUGAGCAGAAAAAUAAAGGUGAACCCCCCAGCCAGUGGUGUAUUCUGGUUUUGUGCUUCUCCAGGCAUGACAAAACUACAUCCCCCCACCGCAUUCAAAAUUUUGCUUCCUGUUCAAAACCAACACACUCUUUGUCUGACAGACACACUGAUGCAUACACUGACAUACACUCACUGACAGAUACACAGUCAUUGUCACACACACUGUUUAACCAACACACACUCACUCAUUCAUAGUUACACUCACUCACAGUUACACACACUAACUGACAGAAACACACACUCACAUUCACCGACACACACAUCCAACGACAGACACACACAUUCACCAACAAACACACAUACACACUAACUGAUAGAUGUGCAUUCACUGACAGAUACACAUACACUCUCACUGACAAGACACAUACACUGUCACUGACAGACGCACACUCACUGUGACACACAUAUACUCACUGACAGACACACACUGACAAACACACAUACACACUGACUGACAUAUAUACACUCAGUGUCAGACACACAUAUUCACUAACAGACAUACACAUUGACUGACAGGCACACAAACUCACUGGCAGACACACACUCUCGGUGACAGACACACAUACAUACACUGAUACACACUCUCAGUGACAGACAUACACAUUCACUGACAAACACACACUCUCACUGACACACACUGUCACUGACACACACACAUACCCACUCACUAACAGACACACACAUACACACACUAACAAUUUUUUUUAAUUUUUUUAUUUACAUCCACCCAGCCUCCAAACAUUUGUUGGAGUGGAUUCUCCAUUUCCCUGGGGUCUAGUGGGGAUCCUUUAAUUGCCGGACUGACAUGCAGUCGGUAAAUUUAGGCGGCGUGGGAGCUCUGAUCUCCCUGCUCAGCUCCCUUGCGUGUCUCUUAGUGAUGCUGGGCCGGAGUGAUGUCACAUUCCGGCUCCAGCAUCACUGUGGUGCACGUGAGGGAGCUGAGCAGGGAGAGCUCAGGGGAGAGUACUACUUCGCCACCUGCCUCCAACAUCAGCAGAUGCCAGCCUCUGGGGGACCUGAGGUGGCCAGCCAGGGUGUUUGGGGGGCAGCUUUUUUUGCUGCUUCCCUGAAAGUAUCGCCCAAGGCAAAUGCCUUGUCAGCCUUGUGCUUAAUACAUCGCUGCCCCUUGCAGGAGCUCACUAAUUCAAGUAUAGAUUUAUAUUAUACUCUCAGCAUACAUGCAACAGCAUCAAGCACUAAUACGUAAAAUGGAAUAAAAUAAAGUGAUAAAUAAUCGACUCUGCAGCGGUGUAAAGGAUUUGAAAUUUAACAUCUUGAGCAAGAGGGUGAGAAUGCCCACCAGAGAGUCAAAGUCAGCCAAUGUAGACACUGCAAUAGGCCUCCAUGCGUGGCGUUAAGAACGGAUUGGCCGUAUAUGCACCACAUCUCCCCCUGCCAGCUCCAGACAGUUAGGAGAACCUUGGCGCAGUAUCCACUGACCCAUAUAACGGGGGCAAAAUCCUAGGCAGGAGCCUGUUGAGGGAAGUUCUCCUGGGUGUGAUGACAGUGUUCAGGGUAAAGCCCCUUCUGGGUUCCCGGCCCAGAAUUUGUGGGCCAGAGAGCAGCAUAGCCAGGGAUCCGCUGCUAAGCAGGUACGUUGGCUUGUGUCACGUCUGGAAACAGAGCCAAAAGUUUGCACAGACUUGAUCAAAUUUUGAACAGAAGGUCUUCCACCAUCUCUCUAGCAGAUCUGCCACUGACCCCUGUGAAAGCAUGAGGUCCACCUCCAUCUUGAGACAUUCAGCACACUGUCUGAGUAGAGUGAGCCAGAGUAUAGGUGAGUGUUGGCUACAGUAUAGGUGUAGACCAGGCUAACACCCACCAGUCCAAAGGGGCUAGGAUAUGGGACAGGUUCAGCCCGUGGAAUUCCACUGAGGAGGUUGGCCUUCACUCCCAGUUCACACACAAUCACACAGAAUCGGAGCUCUGCUGUAGCGAGUCACUUAAUAGGUGCCCAAGGUUUCCUAGACAAAGCUAGGUAACUUCAGAAGUCAUUUCCAAAUGUACUUUUAGAAGGAGUUGGGGGCGAUUUAGGUGAAGGUCCUCUUUCUGUGCAUCUGCUCAUCAUGGUGGUCAAGUCUCCCAUGUCUGUCUCUUUUUAACAACAUAAAUAUAAUUUUUUAUAUAUUUAUAUAUAUGUGUACAUGUAUAUAACUUAUUGUGCCACAAUGGUUUAUUGUUAUUUGUUUAUAUAGUACCAACAGAUUCCUCAUCAUUGUAUGGUGAGCAGGGCCAUAUUUACAUAGGGCUGAUGUAGCUGAAGCUCCAGGCCCAUGCUCAUUGAAUAGACUCACUGAUAAAAAAAUAAAUUAAAAAAAUUGAAACUACUCUUUACAUGCUCUUGCUUGGUAUAGAAAGAAUUAAGUAUGGAACAAAACUUGUGUGGACUGGCUGACUAUAAAUUAGUUAAGGUAAAGCUAAUGCAAAUGUACUUGCUGCUUCGGUCUCUAUAGCACUGUGGCUUGUACCCUUUAUUAUAAACUCACAACAUACUCCUUUUCUCUGUCCCAGACUGCAUACCAGGAGCAUUUGGCUGCUAGUAAGAAGGUAAGGAGAGGACUGGGCAAGUGAGUGCUAGGUAACAGUCCUGAGAAAGCAUAGUGUGAGCGCAUCAUUAGAUGCAUUUGCGCCAAGUUCAGGGUACCGUCUGCAUAGUACAAAUACCUGUUGUUAGGGGGUAUGGAUUUGGUUGAGAGAUGAAAGCGAGUUAUCAUCAUGGGGUAUGUGUUAUCUUAUAGCUGCAUCAUGUGAGUUUCCUCUAGCACCAUCUCCAUCAUUAAUUCAGUUCUGAAGGUGAACAAAGCAAGCAAAGUGGUGAUAUCUUGAAAACAUAGAAACAGGUGGUAUUGUGAACAUUGCUGACUUGAGGACACAAAACUAUUGGGUCUGUUUACUAAACUCUAUAUGUUGUCCAAAUGGACAAAAUUUGGUAAAAAAUAAAAAAUUCUAACCAGGUUGGCAUUUCUCAUACUUACUAUAGUCAUUAUGUUGUUCUGUCAUCCUGACUAAAUCUACAUCAUUUGGCCAGAUGCAUCUGAUGUCAGCUUUAAAAUCAGUACUUUCACAUACAAACUGUAUAGGUUACAGACAUUUACAAAACACAGAUAUUAAAAAAUUGGGACUGAAUGCAUCUGCUCGUAAAAAAAAAAUGUUGCACCAUUCCUCACUGGUGUUGGCUCGGGAGGUACAUUAAUAUAUCCUCUUCAUCCCCCACCCAUCUUGAACUGCCAGUGUGCAAAUAGUUUGAAAAUUUACAAUCUGGGCCAGAAUGUCAACUGUCCAGCAGUGUUUGGUUGGACAGGCUAAACUCCAGACACUAUUCUGGUUCGUUUGAAGAUAGAAGUUUGAAAUAUGGACAAUGUUAAAUAGUGUGAUGUUCACUGAACAAAGUCCUGAUUCUGUUGUCUGAAUGUCCCAGUACAGAGCCGGGUGGUUUGCAGCAUUUGCCAACAUUUGGGCCAUUCGAAAAUUAGUAUCGACUCAUGGAACUUCCAGGCUUGCGUGCUUUUAAAGUCUAAUUAGUAACUCAGGAGUUCAAAUUUUAAGCCCUGAUUUAAUGACAAUCAGCAAGUCAUGAAGUCACCUUAACGUAUUCCAGAACUGGUUCACCUAUUGUCAAUUUGCAUCCUAAAAAAACUGUGCAGAGUACAGUGCAGUUUGUAUUUUUCAAAGCAGUCCUAUAAUUUUCUGUAACCACUGUAAGGGGAUGUCUUGGCUCUUUAUUAUAUUACCAAGACUCUUUUUCCACUUGUGGAAUCCAUUUGUGCCUUUUGCCUUCUAGCAGUUGUUGGUCUACAUUACAGUUCCCAAGAUUAGUAUAAUCUGGAGGGCCAAAUUUGGAGACCCUUUGCUCGAUAUUAACCAUGCAUUAUUUGGCUAUCAUGCCAUAGCCAAAACGGCUAGGGUUAACAUCCAACACUUUUAUAACUUCUGUGGAAAUCAAUUAAGGACGAUUCUCCAAAGCUAGCCUUAAAUAACUAGCUGUCAGCAGCUGGGAUAGGAAAUUAAUAUUUUUGCUUAUCAGGUGGCUAGCUAUAAAUCAUUAAACAUCAGAGGACUGCCAUUCGAGUGGGUCAUUAGUGUGCAUAAAUAAACAGUUGCCUUACUCUGACUCCUGGGUGGGAAAACUACUCAAAAAUGUAGAUUUACUUCAUAUAUAUUAUCUUAAAAUUAUGUAAAUACAUACUCAGAUGAACAACUACACAUGACAUACUAGACAGUGCCAUGAUUUAUUUAACACAAAGCCAUGUGUAAAAACCUAAGUAUACCCUUACUGCUUCCAUAGGAAUUAAGAGGCUCAGUAGCAGACUGGUGCUGCUAAUCAAAUGCCCUUGAUUAAUUGAUCAUCAGCAAGUGUGACCAACUCUAUAAAAGCUGAAGUUUUAUGAAGUUUGCUGGUGUGCACCAUUCAGGUGUGUGUUAACACAGUGACAAGGAGAAAUGGCAUCAGUAAUGAUCUUAGAGAAGCAAUUGUCAAACUGGGUAGGGUUCUAAGGCCAUUUACAAACAAUUUAAAUCCAUCUGGAAAGAUUAUUUAAAUGUGGCUAACAUUCAAAACAGUUGCAAAUCUUCCAAUGAGUGGACGUCUGAGCAAAUUCACUCUCAGGACAGAGACCAUGGAAUGCUCAGAGAAAUUGCAAAAAGAAGAGUUAUCGCUCAGGCCUCAGAUAAAAUGCUAAAUUUUAAAGUUCAUGACAGUACAAAUAGAUAAAGACUGAACAAGAAUGGUUUAUUUAGAAGGGUUGCCAGGAGAAAGCCUCUUCUCUCUAAAAAGAACAUGGCAGCACAGCUUAGGUUGAAGUUGCAUCUGAACAAACCGCAAUACUUCUGAAACAAUGUCCUUUGGACAGACAAGACCAAAGUUAAGAUGAAACACAGCAUAUCAGCACAAACACCUCAUACCAUGUGUCAAGCUCUGUGGUGGAGGGGUGAUGAUUUGGGCUUGUUUUGCAUCCACAAGACCUGGGAACCUUGCAAAUCCUUGCUGCACACAAAUUUCUAUGUAGGACCAUAUGUUCUUACUUCAUAUGACAGGAAUUAUGUCACUAUACGACCUUCACCUGGGGCAGGAGAGAGAUACGCCAUUCACAGAAUGCAUCAGGCAGGGGUUCCCUGAGUUCCCUAAUGUAAUACAACAUUCUACAGAAGUUUUCAGGCCCAUUCGCUUUGGUUUCCUUCAUAAUAAAAUAAAUUAAACUUCUUGUGUAAGUUAAUAAAGGCUUUCUCUUUGAAAAGGUUUGUUAUGUAUGUAUCUCUCCUAGCAUUGCUAUAUAUCAUGUUGUUUGAAUUUUGUUAUUACAAAAAAAAUAAAAAAAAUACACCUGGCACUCUAUGAAGAAAUCAGGAUAUCUAUGAAAAUGAAAUUAAUUAUUGGAUAUGCCCGAGAAUGGGUAUUGGGAAAGUUAAGUUACUAGUGAGUGUGGUAUCCUAAAACUGGCUGGGGAAAGGAGAAUGAGGAUCACAAAUUGGCUUUGAUGCUACAUAAAUCGGAGGCUUUGGAUGAAAGAGUGAUAUUUGGUACCUACAAUUUAAUUUAAAGGAAAGAGGCGGAAACUGCAACUGAAUAUUAAUGGGAAAAUGGAGACCCGGAAUUGACUUGAUUAUGAAAGUUAAUAUCUAAAAAUUACUGAGGAUGAUAGAGUGUGGAAUAAGGAUUAACUGGAAUGUAAGAGCGGGGACAGUAAAUUAAUAGAAAAAGGGGUGGAAUCCAAAUCAUUACUAGAAUAGAAGGUUGAGUGGUAAUAUGAGUGGGAAGAUAUGGGGAUAUGAGAGUGAAUAUGAGGGACAUGAAAAAUCUUUAGAGUCAAAUUAGGCUGCGGUAAAGGGGGUUUGGAUUAAGUAAAAUCAUUUUUUAAAGUUUUUAAAUAAUACACAGAACAAGUAGAAAUGCUGAUUGCAGGUGUUAUUUAUAUAUGUUUAAUAGUAUGUUUUAGAUCUUACUUCAGACAGGUAGACUCCAGGACUAAGAGGGACAGUCUGAUGUAAACUAACAGGGCAUGCAGCUAAAGAAAGAUAAAUCUGUAAUUAAUUACUAAGUAAACUUUAAAACAUAGUCUUUUGAUCUCAGAAGCUGGUAAUUAACCCUUUCACCUUGAAUGAACAGCAUAAACUGGAAAACCCAUGAUCAAUGUCAACACAAUGGAAACGCCUACAUAAUGUGGCAUAGACUGCACUUGUAUAAGUAAUGUCAUGGAUUUGUAAUCCCUAAACGUCUCACCUGUCUAGAAUACAUGUACAAACCAAAUUAUCAAACUGAUUAAUGUGGAAAAUGAACAAAGUUGCUGAAUGGCAGGUUCUCCAUAUGAUAUUGAUUUAACUAUUAGUUUGCGUAAUUUUAAUAUUGUUGCCUUUUAAUCUUGUUCAGUUUUGCCCUUUCUUGCUCUUUAAAGUGAACUUAAACAUACAAAUGAGGAUAUAUAUAAACGUGUAGAUGCUAUGUAGAUCUGUUUGCUUCAUUUGCAUGUAACAGAAAAAAUAGAUUAAAACGGAACUUUGUAUUAUUCUUAUCCAGGGUACUAAGGAUUCUGGGAGAUCAGGGGGGUGGGAUAAUUUAAUUUUAUAUAAGAUACAAGAUGGAUGUAGGCAAAGCUCAGCAUCACUUCCCAUACCCAGAGAAGACUGAUUUGUUUGACACCCCCCCAUUCUUCAUAUAGGGAUGAUUAACGUAGCCAAGAAUAUUGAUGGUUCCACAGCCCUGUCAAACCCCUAGGCCCUAGUUAUCUGCCUACAUAGCUGUCCACAGGUGGAUUCAUGAUUGGUGUAUAUUACUAGCAACUGGGCAGUAGUAGCUAACCAUUCGCUAGUCUUUUACUACAGCAACUAGCCACUGGCUGCUUGUUAUGUAGGAGACAUGCCCCUACUCGCAACAUUGUAAAUGGGGGCAUGGAGGAGGUGUACAACUUCCUUGUACAAAUGUGGGGUUAUAAUGUGGGGUUUAAACUAUUUGCAAUAGCAGCCAGCAGGCAAAUAGUUAACCCCAAAUCCCAUAGCAACCAAAAGGCUUGGCCAUUGACUGUGCCAGUUGCUUCGGACUAGAGUAUGUAGAAGAUGUGAAUUCCAUUUUCAGCCCAAAUUCUUCCGAAUCGCAGUUCUUCAGAAACUGACUCCUAGUCUACUAAAAGAUGCUAGCAUGACAAAGCAGGCUUAAAGAGGAUCUGUCACUUGUCUUGAAUUUACACCAUAGAAUAAAUAAUUGAAAAUCACCUAUAACUUGUGUUAAUAUGUUUCAUGAGAUGCUCCAUUUCUUUCAAAUUUAUAUUAAAGAUUUAGCAAAUUACAUCAUAAUCCAGCUCACACAUAUCAAAGGCAGAGCAAACAUUGCAAAUUAAGAGGAAAAAUUGAAUUAAUUUAUUCUCUUCUCUGUAUGCCUACUCCAUGCUGACUGCCAGGUGCAAAGGACAGAGGUUAUAACAAUGGUCGACAGGGAGCUAAGAUGGAUGUGCCAAUUUGCAGGGUAAAGAUUUAUGAAUUUCUACAUUUAAUACUGAAAAGACUUUAUGCACUUGGCAUAAUUGGAACCUAAGUGAAAAAUGCAUUAACGCAUACAGGAUAUGGGAAGAAAUGGACAAGGUUCAGUUGGAAGUGGGAAGAGAUUUUGUUAGGUUUACCUUUGUGGUUCCUAAAACUGUUAAGGGUUUAGUUCAGUGUUUGUGGACAGUGUUUCUGCGUAUUUCUAGAAUUAAUUAACCAAGUCCUUGUAGCAUGAACUCUUAAUAUUAAAAUAUUAAGGGGAAGCAUGAACCACGGUUUGGGAAGAUUUACUCUGAACAAGUACCUAAUCUAGCACUCAAUCUUUUCUCUGAAAUUAUCGCUUGUGAUUGUUUUCACUAAAAUACAGUGUGAAAUUGACACAUAUCCCUCAACAAUUACGAUUCUGUUAAAUAAAACCAGGCUAUUUAGAUAUGCCAGGCUUAUUCCGUUAAACACUUUAAAGAUGUCUUUAUAGGAUGUCUUAUGUACCAUCACCGUCUAAUGUUAAAUGAAUAGUCAUAUUGUCCUAUUGUGUUUUAUACCCCACCUCUUCUAGACUGUAAGUUCGUUUGAGCAGGGUCCUCUUCAGCUUAUUGUUCCUGUAAGUAGUCAUAAUUGUCUAGUUUAUUUUUAAAUCCCCCCUCUUAUAUUAUUGUAAAGCACUACGGAAUUUGUUGGCGCUAUAUAAAUGCCAAUAAUAAUAAUAUUGAUCUGCAAGGGUGUUCCAGAAGUCAUUAUGUUUCUAGAAGAAUUAGCCAUCUUGCACUCUGUGAUGGAUCAAUAUUCUUAAAGGGACACUCCACUGCCCCCUUUCACUACCCCCCCAAAAAUUGUAAUAAAUAAUAAUUUAUGGAAAUAUCUCCAGUGAGAUCAUGCAUCCAUUUAAUGGUGCAUUUUGACAAAAAGCCAGAUCUCUUGUCUGCUGACUUUUCAAACCCCCCCUCUUUUAUCCCCACCUAGACUUUCUGUGACUGUCCAAUCACAGACUUCCCAAUACAGCUCAAUGAGAUGUCUUUGCAAGGCAGGUGCUCUGGGCAAUUGCAGUCUCUUAACCUCUUCCUGACCAAAGACAGAGAUUUUCUCGGUAUUCAAGGCAGACCGGGAGCACCCCAAUCGCGCUGUCCCUGCACCUGUGAUCGCUCUGACGGGCUGUUUUGUUGUUUGUUUGUUUUUUUAACCCUUGAGGGGUUAAAUUUAUUUUAUUAAUAAAUUUAAAUAUUUUAAAAUGAUGUAUUUAGCUAGCUGGGGUGGGUGGAAGUUAGUGGGUAAUUGGGGAAUUUGGUUUUAGGCUAGCUAGGGGUUAACGUUAAAAACAUUUUUAAAAAAGCUUUAAAAAGUAAAAAAAAGUUUAAUAAUUUUUUUAAUAACAUUUAAAAAAAGUUAAAAAAAAUCCCACCCCCUUUUACCCAGUCCGAAUAAAAAUGAACCCCUUCCCUGCCAGUUGAUCACUGCCUACGGUGAUCAAAAUACAGAUUACAGUAUUAUACACAGUAUUAUUAACCCCUGAGGACUAACUUUUAUUUAUUUUUUAACCCUUAGGGGUUCAUUUUAUUUCAUUAAUUAAUUUAAAUAUUUUAAAAUUAUAUAUUUUGCUAGCUGGGGUGGGUGGGAGUUAUGGGAAAUUAGGGAAUUUACUGUUAGUGCUGCUUACUGCUAGCUAGGGGUUAACGGUAAGAAAAGUUUAUACAAAAAUUUCAAAGUGUAAAAAAAGUUAAGAAAGUUUAAAAAAAUAUAAUAAGUAAAAAAGUUUAAAAACUAGUUUUAAAAAGUAAAAAAAGUUUUAAAAAGUAAAAUAAAAUACAUUAAAAAAUGCUUAUUACUACUACACCUGGAACAAACUAGAUAAAAAAUGAUCCCACGCUAAGGUUCAAAAUAUGUCUUUUGAAUUACCAUGGGUUGUAUUCUUUAAUAAAUAGUAUGUGUUUGUGGAGAAAUUUGAAUAAUCAACCAGCUAAACUAUUCCAAAAUGGAACAUGGACACAGCGUAAAACUUCAAAGUUAGAAAAAAACUGAAGGGCUGCGUCUCAAAUGUGCCCCUUCAACAUCCACAUAUACCUGGCAAAGGUACAUAUGGGGGUAUUGCUGUACUCAGAUGACAUAGCUGAGCAACAUAUGAAGUAUUAUACAGUCGUAGCACACAUAAGGUUUGCAAAAUAUACUGUGCUCACUUUGUGGGUCAAAAAGGAAGAAAAAAUGCUUAUUACCACUACACUUGGUACAAGCUAGCGGAAAAAUUAUCCCACGCUAAGGUUCAAAAUGCUCAAGUGCUUCAAAGUGGGACAUGGAUGCAUCAAAACCCUCCAUGAAAAUUCACACUUAAAAACCUGAACUUGUCACGUCUCUUUUACAGCACUUUAACUUCACAAAAUAGUAUCUAGGUCAUACAUUGGGCAUAUUGUUUUACUCAGAAGAUGUAACUAGGCAUAAUUUGGAGGGUUUUAUGACAGUGGUACAAAUCAAGUGUAAGAAAUACCCAGCAAAAAUGCAGCAUAUAUGUAAAAAUGCAAUUUUUUUCCCCCUCACCACAAACAUUGACAUAAAUUGGUGAAAAAUGGUGACAAGUUAAGGCACAAUAUACACCAUAUAAGAUACCCUGGGGUGUCUGCUUUAUCAAAUGAAAGCCCUUUGUGGGGUUAUUUGAACAGUCGCACUGCUAUAAUACCCUAAAAUGAGACAUAGGCCUGUCAAAUCCAUCUAUGAAAAUUCUAACUAUAGGCCUUGUCUCUCAUAUGGCACUGUAGCUUCACAGAAUAGUGCCAAAGGCAUACAAUAGGGGUAUCGUUAUACUCAGAAGAUGUAGCUGAACACAAUAUUGGGUGCAGGAAUAGCACACACCAGCGUUACAAAAUACUUAUUACAAAAACCUUGUUAUAUGUGUAUAUGCCAAACUAGAGAAAAAAAAUCAAUUUUACUCCAAUAUUUAGCAGAGAUUGGCGAUGAAAUGGCUACGUAAAAAGUGUCAAACUAACCAUAGGUAAAUAGCCUGUGAUGUCUACUUUAUAUAAAUAUAUACCUUUCUGUGGCUUUUUUUUUUCUGUGGUGGCUACUAAACCUAUAAGACAAACAUACCAACUUCUAGAAUUGUUUCAUAUUAAAAUUUUAUUUUAGGCCUUGUAUUUUGUGACCUGUAACUUUCAAAAUAAGUUGAAACCCUCUACAUAUUAUGUAGUCUAUAAAUCAAGACACAUAAAUGAAUUUAUUUUGAAUUACUUUUUCUAAGCUGGACAUUUUAUGCACACGCUAUUAUUGCCAAAACUGUGAAUUUUUUUAUUUUGUUUUUUUUUUGCCCCCCUUUAUUGCCAUUUUUUUAAUAUAAUUAAUGAGAAUUCAUCUAUGUAUAUGUGACAUAAAAUUAAAGCCCUCUUUUCUCUCUAAAAAACGGUAUAUGAUAUGUGUUGGUGCAAUAAAUGGCAGAGAUUGUGUUUGAACACAAACAGCAAAAAAUGCAAAAAUGGCUUGUGUCCUUAAGGGUAAGACAAGCUUUUGAAGCUGUGUCCUUAAGGGGUUAAGUUUAGUUCCACUGAGCUAAACAAACUAGGAAGUAACAUGACCCGGUGUCUGCUUGGCAUCCAGGCAGUGUAAUAUGGUUAAUUUAUAAAAUUGCCAAUUUAUGUUUAAAUCUGCACUUUUUGUAAAAUAAAAUAAAAGGACACACUCUUUUUACAUGCCUCCUUUAAGGAGGCACUUUCAUGUUUUGUUUUUUCCUAAUGCCACUUGUAUCUGAUUAUACUCUGCCAUUGCCAGUUGCCUCUAUUUACAUAUACUGUCUUUUCUUGCCUAUUAUGGAAAUCAAUAUCUAAGCACUUUUUAUCCUCAUUUGUCUAUGGUUUCCCAUGUGGGAUUGCUUUAAAGUGAUGGAUUGUGAAUAGAUUAGCAUAGCAAUUGAAAAACUUUGCUUAAGCCCUGCCAAUUUCUGAACAUUGACAAAGAUCGGGAUCCACAGAAGAAAACGGAGUCCCUACAUUUUCCUAUAUAUAAUUUAAAAACUAAGGUUAAUUUAAAAAAAUUCAAAUAUGGCGAAAAAGCCCAAAAUCUGCAAACUGACAAAGAUACUUUAAGUGUUGAAAAUAUAACUCACCGAUGGCAAUAAAAAAACUCACAUUUAGUAAAAGACACACACAAUUAAAUGUACCUUAGUCCUGAAAGAGGCACAUUACUGCUUUCCGUACUGUGUGACAAAUUCUUUCCUUAAAAGUGUAAAAACCAAUGUUGUGUUAGCAAAUACAUCUCUACAGGUUGUUAUCUGUAAGGCAAGUAUCAGUAAUAUAGUGAAAUCAAAUUGUGACAAGAUAUGCCAUUGAAGUUAAAGCCUUAUAUUAAGUAUAUAGUCAACUUGCAGAGCACAAAUAUAUUUUUACAAUGUAGUCGAUUGCCUGAGAUGUAGAGACUGAAUAAAACAAUUUUACAUAUUUUCUCUAGGAAAAACCAGAACAAAAGAUAAAUACCGCGUGGUGUACACAGAUCAUCAGCGCCUAGAACUGGAGAAGGAAUUUCACUAUAGUCGCUACAUUACAAUCCGCAGAAAAGCAGAGCUGGCAGCCACAUUGGCAUUAACAGAACGACAGGUAACCGAAUGCCAUCAUAUGCCAUGACAAAUCCCAAAAUGUAUAUCAGAUACAUAACUGUCUGAGAUUAUUAUUCUAUUUAAAUUUCCUAGUCUCUACUGAAAAGAAAGGUUUACACAUGCAGUAAUUACUAUCCUUGGCACUGCAGAUGCAUACUGAGCAUCAUGGGAAAUGUAGUUACUAACCAUUUGCAGUGGCACUGUAUGUUACCAUAUGGUGUUUAUUACAGACUACGCUUUCAUGUAAUUAUUGAUCUUAGUGUUGAUGUUGAUAGUAUGUGUGGCAAAUGUAUGAAUUCUUCACACUUGAAAAGUAGGGCUUAUCUAUAUUCAAAUAAGAUCUUGUAUUUACUAUUAUUGUAUACUAUAACUAUAUAUUAAGAUGUACACCUUUUGAUAAAGGAACUGUACAUAUUCAUGUAACAAUACGUGUUGAUAAGAACAAAUGAUCAGUACAUGGCCGUUAACAGUAAUGUUAAGAAAGAUGCAGCUAAAGUAGAGCUUUAGAAUGAGGAGAGGAUAAGGUUAGCUCUGGUAGUUGGCUAGGUUUGGGAGAGUCUAUAACAUUAGGGGAAUUUAGAGUACAGGGCUUAGGGUUAUUGGGUACUUGUUGUGGACUGUAGCUUCCUUUAUUCUUAUCCAUACCAAGCUGAGCCCUUGUAGCCUCCCAAUCCUUACGCCUUUCACAUUGUAUCAACCCUAAACCUGCAGCACAGGGUACACUGCUGCAUCCCUUCCCAUUGGCUAUUUGUAAAGCUGACAUUUUAAUGUGAAUUAUAAUUUGGUCAAAUAGGAAGGAGUCAUGUAUGUAAAAAUCAACUGAACCAGGUAAUGAGGUCUGCCGAUUUAUCUAAGCUCAUUCUUUAUCAACAAGUUUGCUUACUUUUCCCAUGAUGCCCAUGUUAGUCCUUUUUCCCCCUACAAAAAAUCUUGGUAAGCAAAUUAUUAUUGACUAAGGGUAUACCGACUGACUGAAAUAUACAAAUACAGGAAACAAAGUAAAAACAAGAAAAUUUAAAAUAUAGAAAAAGAAACAAUAAAGUUGAAAAAAAUGCUACAUUUAUUGUUUUAUCAUAUCUGUAAAAGAUGUUGUUCACUUCACAGGUAAAAAUCUGGUUCCAAAACAGAAGAGCAAAAGAGAGGAAAGUAAACAAGAAAAAAAUGCAACAACAAAGUCAACAGGCAAGCACCACAACACCGACACCUCCUGCUGUAGGAACCACUGGUGUGAUGGGGGGAAUUUGCUCCAGCAGUAGUAGCAACAGCAACCUUGUAUCACCGUCGGCAAUGACUAUCAAGGAGGAAUAUCUUCCUUAAGAGCAUCAAUUGAGUGUUAAUAUGACCUUCAUAUUAAAUACAUCUCACCAGUCUAUCCAGAAUGGACCAUACCAUCCUUAGAUUUCUGAAGGGGUAACUGUUAUAAAGGUGACGGCAGCAUUUUUUUUUAAGGGAUUAGCAGAUCUAUCCAUUUUUCUGGAAAUGAAGCCACAUCAGAACUGGUGAUACAACAGGAAUCUCUCUCUUGAUAGAGAAAAAGUUUGCUUUACGGACACUAAUUGGACUCUGUAUUAC